UAGUUCAAUCAAACAAAAUCAUAUAUCAAUAUGUCAGGCUUCGGCUCUCCUUGUGGCGCUUGCAAGUUCUUGAGGAGGAAAUGCGUUCAGGGCUGCGUUUUCGCUCCUUACUUCUGCCAUGAGCAAGGAGCUGCGCAUUUUGCAGCAAUACACAAAGUUUUUGGUGCAAGCAAUGCAUCUAAGCUUCUCUCCCAUCUCCCUGCUUCUGAUCGUUUGGAGGCUGCCCUAACUAUCUCCUACGAGGCUCAAGCUCGCCUCCAAGACCCUAUCUAUGGCUGUGUUUCUCAUAUCUUCGCCCUCCAGCAACAAGUAGUCAACCUACAAGCUCAACUAGCUUCUCUAAAGGCCCAAACCGCACAAAAUUCACAAGUUCUUCUAUCGAACCCCUCAAAUAGUGAAUCUAUGUUAUGUUACAAUAACAAUUAUGUUCAUCCGAAUAUGAUCAGCAACAAUAAUUAUGGCAUUGGAGAGGGGUCUUCUUAUGCUGUGGACAUGGAGGAUCUCCAAUCAGUGGCCUAUGCCUAUCUCUACCGACACACAUGAAAGUACGAGCUCGAGGAUGAUGAUUGAAGAAGAUAUAAUAUAUAGAUUGAUUGAUUGGGUAAUGAUAAUUUUGCCAUUUUUGAGAGUUAGUAUUGAUUAUUCUUGAACUAGGAUUCUCAAUUAUUUUUGAGAAAUGAUAGGUGUGGCAUUAUACUAGUAUUGUUGAAAAGAUAAGAAGAACAAAUAGACAUAU